AGUCGCUCUGGGCAGCGUACGGCGCCAGCGCACUCUCCCCGCUGCCGAAAGGCACCUCUCCGAAACCGCCGCAAAUCAAAAUGGGUUAGAGAGGAAUGAUGCGUGGAUUAUAAAUUCAGACUGAUCUGAGAGCAUGUAGACUCGGGAUUUGCGGGCGCACAAAGACAAGGGAGAAUAGUGAAAGCAUUGCCACGAAGGAAACUGGACAUACAGUUUCCCAUUUACUUACUUUUCUUCCUUUUUCUUUUUCUUUUCUGAGAAAUGAUUGCAGAGCUGGUGUCAAGCGCAGUGGCUUUGGUCAUCUAUCUUAACACCUUGGGCGCUGAUUUUUGCUACGAUGACAGCCGCGUGAUCAAAACCAACCAAGACCUGCUUCCAGAAACACCUUGGACUAACAUCUUCUACGAUGACUUCUGGGGGACCCUCCUCACCCAUAGUGGGAGCCACAAGUCGUACCGACCCCUCUGCACCCUGUCCUUCCGCCUGAACCAUGUCUUGGGAGGUCUGGAUCCCUGGGGCUACCACUUGGUUAAUGUGGUGCUCCACAGUUUUGUCACAGGCCUUUUUGUCAGCCUCUCCCGCCUGCUGCUGGGAGGUGGGCGCUGGACGCUGGUGGCCGGUCUGCUCUUCGCCUUGCACCCGGUCCACACAGAAGCGGUCGCCGGGGUGGUUGGCCGGGCUGACGUAGGGGCGGCACUCUUCUUUCUGCUGUCGCUGCUGUGUUAUGUGAAGCACUGCACUCUCCGGCUGAAGGUAUCCCACCGUUCUGCCGCUUCCUGGGCCUUUUUGGUGCUGAGCCUGGCCUGCGCUGCCUGCAGCAUGCUUUGGAAGGAGCAGGGGGUCACCGUGCUGGCCGUGUCCGCCGUGUACGACGUCUUCGUCUUCCACAGGCUCCGGAUCCGUCAAGCCGUCCUCCUGCUUCACAAGAGGAGGAACGUCGGCCUGCUCGUGAGUGUCAGUUUGCUGGCCGCCUGGGGUGCCGUUUUGCUGGCGGCCCGUCUCUACUGGAUGGGCAUGAAGCCACCCAGCUUCUCCAGCUCUGACAACCCGACGGCCGACUCGCCCAGCCUUCUGACCAGGAUGCUCACCUUCUUCUACCUGCCCGCUUUCAACAUGUGGAUGCUCAUGUGCCCGCACACUCUGAGCUUCGAUUGGUCCAUGGAUGCGGUGCCCCUGCUGAGGACCGUCACCGAUUGGAGGAACGUUCACACUGUGGUCUUUUAUGCUGGGUUAUUGCUAUUAGCCCGGUUCAGCCUUCAGAACCUGGCCAGAGUCCGAGAGACCGACAGGAGAGCCCGUGUGACCAACGGGAAGCCCUUCACCAAUGGCAACAGCCAAUAUAUGCAUCUGAAGCAUGUAGACUCGGAAAUAGCAAAUAAUGUUCAGAAUGGUACAAAAUCGCCCUGCAAGCCACGGACUACAUUGCCCACCACAGAAAAUGUGGUGGUUCUUUCCCUGAGCCUGUUGUCCAUUCCCUUCCUUCCGGCCACCAACUUGUUCUUCUACGUGGGCUUUGUGGUCGCCGAGCGGGUCCUCUACAUCCCCAGCAUGGGCUUCUGUCUGCUGGUGGCGGUGGGCAUGAGGUCCCUCCACAUCCGGCUACAGAGACACCCUUCCCGCGCCCUCCUGCUCUGCUGCAGCACCAUGCUCUUCCUCUUGCAUGGAAUGAAGACGGUAUUAAGGAAUCGGGACUGGCAGAGCGAGGAGAUGCUGUACCGGUCGGGGAUAGCGGUUAACCCUGCUAAAGCAUGGGGUAACCUUGGGAACGUCUUGAAGAACCAGGGCAGGAAUGCAGAGGCAGAGAAGGCCUACCGGAAUGCAUUGUAUUUCCGCAGGAACAUGGCUGACAUGCUUUACAACCUAGGUCUGCUGCUGCAGGAGAACAGCAGGCCCUCGGAGGCCCUGCACUACUACAGACUGGCCAUCAUGAGUCGGCCCACACUGGCCUCUGCCUACUUGAACACCGGGAUCAUCUUGAUGAACCAGGAGCGUCUGACCGAGGCCAAGAGGAUGUUCCUCACCUGCUCGGACAUUCCUGACGAGAACCUGAAGGACCCCCAGGCCCACCGGAGCUCCGUGACCAGCUGCCUCUAUAACAUGGGCAAGCUCCUCCAUGAGCAGGGCCACCAGGAGGAGGCCCUCGCAGCCUUUAAGGAGGCCAUACGGAAGAUGCCGAGUCAGUUUUCACCACAGAGUCUCUACAACAUGAUAGGAGAGACCUACCUGAGACUGAACCAGCUGCCCGAGGCUGAACACUGGUAUCGGGAGUCGCUGAGGGCCAAGCCUGACCACGUCCCUGCCCACCUGACCUACGGGAAGCUCCUGACCCUCACUGGGCAAAAGGCAGAAGCUGAAAGGUACUUUCUGAAGGCUAUUAAGUUAGAGCCUUCAAAAGGGAACUCUUACAUGCACUAUGGUCAGUUUUUGCUGGAGGAAUCGCGGCUUGCGGAAGCCGCAGGGAUGGCGAGGAAGGCCGUGGAGCUGGAGAAGGGCGAGUUCGAUGUGGUCUUCAAUGCCGCCCACAUGCUCCGACAAAGCCGCCUGAAUGAAGCAGCUGAGAACUAUUACAGACUCGCGGCGAGCCUGAGACCCAAUUACCCUGUGGCCCUGAUGAACCUUGGCGCCAUCCUUCACCUCAACGGGAAGCUGCAGGAGGCCGAGACCAGUUACAUGAGAGCCCUCGAGCUCAAACCCCACGAUGCUAUCACCAAGUCCAACCUGCACAAGCUCUGGAACGUCAUGGACAAGCAAGGCAUGAGAACCAUGGACUCAAGACAGACACGGAGGGAGGAAUCCAGGGACAAGGAUCUUCAUGAACACUAAACUCAACGCCACACGUGAAGUCAGAGUGUCAACCUGAAAACAGCCACUCCAUACUGUCAGAGGUGGACAUUUCAGGUCCAGAAAGUAAAAAUCCAAACUAAGAUUUUGUUGCAACCAACCACUUGUGUAUGAAGAGUUACAGUCACAGAGUCCUCAACUGGUUGGUUGAAGCAAAGGCUUGGUCUGGAUUUUUACUUUCUGGACCUGAAAUGGCACCUCUGCAUACUAUGCUGUUUACUCUUAAGUUUAUUUCUGGAAUAUUUAGACAGAGGUAAAAAGGUAAAUGACGAUUAAUCAUGACAAUCUAAUUUAAAGUGUGCUGUACUUCAAGCUACGUUGAAGGCCUAAAAUCUUCUGAUAAGUAAUCAUUGAUUGGCAGGUAUUCAAUUAAGGUGAAAAAUAGGUCUAAAACAUAUCAUUCUUAGUUUACAAUAAUUACAGUUCAAAGGUCCUUGUAAAACUGUGUCCUCAGCAACCGGUGGUUAUGGUCACCACUAUGCCGCUUGGGCAGCACGCAGUGUUUCCCAGCCCAGUCCUUGGGGCCCCUUAGACAGUCCACAGUUUUCCUCCCUUCCAGCUCCUGGAAAAACGUGGACUGUCUGGCAGGGUGCUGGGAGGGAGCAAAAACGUGAGCUGCCUGGAAGGGAACUGGGAGGGAGAAAAAACGUGGACUGUCUGGCAGGGUGCUGGGUGGGAGCAAAAACGUGAGCUGCCUGGAAGGGAACUGGGAGGGAGCAAAAACGUGGACUGUCUGGCAGGGUGCUGGGUGGGAGCAAAAACGUGGACUGUCUGGCAGGGUGCUGGGUGGGAGCAAAAACACGGACCGCCUGUGGGUCCCUGAGGACCGGGUUCGGAAACACUGGGCUAAUGGGCCCCGUUCGGACCUCGUUAAUGAAAUUAAGCUGCUGUGCUGGAGCUUGACCAUGCAAAGUAUCAUGGCCACUAAGGAUCAAGCAGUAUAUCCCAUAGAAAACAGAUCGGGGCCUCCGCUCUCUCUCGGGGUCUGCGCUCUGCUGGUAUUCAUUCUUCAGUGUAUGUUGAAUUUUUCUGCCUGUGUGGGACCCAGAUGGGAUGCUGUAUCUCUCAUGAGGACACAGCGGAUGCGAAACAGUGGAGUGAAUCCACUGGUUACAAUGGAUCACAGUUUUAGCAGCCAAGAUAGAAGAAUUUUAUACUAGCAAGCCCAAAGGUGCACGGUAAAUGACCUGCAGAACAUGGCAGAAUCAGUCAAAUUGGCUUCCAUAGACUUCCAUAGACCACAGCCUUCUGUGUAAACAUUUGGUCUUUCUAUGUAUAUGUAUAUUUUGAUAGAAGUGUAUAUUUGUUAUGGGAGAAGAGUGCAAAUGUUAUCAGGAUAACAACAGGACAAACAAUAGUUUUGAAAUGAUUCAUUAAGCAGGAUAUUCCUGAAUUAAUGUCUCUCUCUUUAAAUGCAGUGUUAGUAUGUUAAAUUAUUGAACACUAAUAAUUGUGUUUUCACGGAAAAAUGUAUGUAUCAUUCAUUAUUCAGCAGAAAAAUUGCCCUGAUUCAGACAGAUAUUAGCCAAUGUGAUUUGUCCUCCAUUUAGCGAUGCAUUAGCCUACGUGAAGCAAAACUGCCACUGUAAUACUGUAGAUGAGAAGACAGUUUUCUCAGAGAAAACAAAGAAGAAACCAUAGUGCAGAUUCUUCCUCAAGCGCCUCGACUCAGGGAUUCCAUGUCUCAUUGAAGAAAAGUGCUAACAAGCACAAAUGAUAAUUAAUUCUGCAUUUAUUUUUGAAAGUUGCAUUUCUACAAGUGAUAGCGACCACGACUGUUCCUGUUUGUAAGAUACACUCUAGCAUUUAGGUACCUGACUAGAUCUUGCUAGUUUUACCUUUUCAAAAUAAAAGUUUCA